UUCCACCCGAUUAAGAUUCUUCACCAAAUCCAAUCCUAAUAAGAUCCUCUGAGAAUGUAUAUCCGAGUGACCGUUUUUUUGGCGUUUAUUUCUUUUAUCAAGUGUGCACCAGCAGUGGAUCCUGUUUCUGCACCAUCAGCUUACACGACAAUAAAAACUCAAAAAGUUGCUCGGGGUUCGAUCGUUCACCAAGUAUUAAAAAAGCCGCACAAUCUGCUCAUUGGACGGUGUAAACCCACCGAUAAUGUCCUCCACCAGGAGAAUAUCAUACUGUAUAAUGACGGAAAAAGUCACGUUGGUGCCAGAAUAAGAAUCAAUGUGGAAGGUGACGUUUAUAUCACUUGCGCCAAUAUCUACGACGAAGUGCCCAAUGGAGAGGGAGGGUACCCAUCGUACGCGGGAGGCGGAGUUGGACAUAAUUACAUCGAAUUCAAUGUGGAAACCGAAUAUGGGAAAGGAUUUCAUUUCUUUGUACAAAUUUUCGGUUACGAAUUGAAAAACAAAACCGAAAAUGCUGUAUAAUUUUUUCGAAAUUCGAAAUAAAUUCCUACUAAUUAAA